UUAUAUGUUUACAUAAUAAUUUAAUGUUUGCAUAAUUACGUGUAUAAGAAAUGAAUAUCAGUCAUCAUCCAAUUCAAAGAUAUCAUAUCAUCAUUGCUACGUCCUGUUUAAUGGAAAAUGAUGAAAGGGACUUUGGAUUGAAUUACCUCCGACAAAAACGCUUGUGAUGUUUCUUCCACUAAUCACAUUUUUAUCCCACUGAAAUCUCCUUGCUAUCACCUUCAAUUAAGCACAAUUUCUCUUAAUCCAUACUAAUGGGGGAAGCCUCAUUUCUUGCCUAUAUAGAAGGCCCUCGCUCCAGAUCGAGUAAUGAUUAAGAAAUUUCUCCUCUUAAAUAAGGAUUAACCUCGGUGAUUAUGCAUUGAAAUCACUAAAGAACUAGAACACGCUAUCCAGAGCUUAGAUCCUAUGGGAAAAAAGGAAACAAAGCAGAAGACCAACUUAACACAAUUUUUCAUUGUAGGUCUUUUCUAGCUUUUUUGUCUUUAUCUCUUCUAGCCAAAGUCUGAUAGCUUUUAAAUUCCAGCGUUGUGCUUUUUGUUUGUAUUUUUUUUGUGCGAGGUUGCUCUAAGGUCAGAUCUUAAAAAUCUACCGUAUGUCAUGAUAAUGUUUUCUUUCCAAAUUUAGCUCUAGUUUUGGCAGAUCCAGAAGUGAAGAUGUUUCGUUGGUGAUUUUUGGCUGCAUCUGCGAUAAUUUGAUGUUUUUUUUUUAUCAUAAAUCUAUUAGAGGUCUUUUGAUUGGAAGAUAUUGUGUUUGAACACGAAGUCAUAACUCGAUCUUUUGGUAGGCAACAGUGGAUGCUGCAACAAUGGUUCUCGGGUGUCAAGUGGGAGUCUUUAGAGAAAAAAUAAUUAAAUAAUCAGUAGAGCCUAUCAAGUUAAUUAAAUAAUCAGUAGAUCCUAUCAAGUUAAGGAUUCAAUCUUUAAAAUUUUUAAAUAAAAAUUCUUUUUUUUUAGUGAAUCCUUGCACUAUUUGCGGGUCCCCACGACUACAUGGCGGUCCGUGAAUCUUUUUUUUUUUUUUUUUUUUUAAAUCUAAAAUAUCCAGAAUUAAUCUAAAAUGACCUUGUCGGUAAGGACUCCAAUGAGUCUCACCGUUGCUGCGCAUGCUCUUAUAUUCACCGAAUCUUUAUUAUUUUAAGUUUUCCGUCAAGUUUUUUUUUGGGCUUUGGUGUUCAAGUUUUUAUCUCUAGUAAUCCGUUUAAAGAUUUAGGUUGUUAUGGUUUCUGUUUAGCUUUCAUAUUAUUUUUUGUGGCUUCCUAAAUUAACUUAAACUUUAAUAAGGUUGUUAUGAUAUUGUUAACGUGUCAGUUGUCACUAAAGAUUAUCUAUGCUAUUUCCAUUGUGGGAAAACCCAUUAUUUUUUUUUCUUUUUAUUUCAUCUUUUUUAAUAAUGUAAUGGUUUUAAACCAAUAAUAAUAAAAUAAAGUGUUAGAGAAAAAGCUGAAGACCAACUCCAAUUAUAAAAAUUAUGUUGGAGGUUUCUGUUUAGCUUUCAUAUUAAUUUUUGUGGCUUCCUAAAUUAACUUAAACUUUAAUAAGGUUGUUAUGAUAUUGUUAACGUGUCAGUUGUCACUAAAGAUUAUCUAUGCUAUUUCCAUUGUGGGAAAACCCAUUAUUUUUUUUCUUUUUUUUUUCAUCUUUUUUAAUAAUGUAAUGGUUUUAAACCAAUAUUAAUAAAAUAAAGUGUUAGAGAAAAAGCUGAAGACCAACUCCAAUUAUAAAAAUUAUGUUGGAGGUUUUUGAAGCAAUUAGCUCAAAUCCUAUGACAAUACCCCAGUCUAUUUUAAAAGUUUGUAAUUGUGCCCCCGGUUAACAGUAUUCCUAGAUCUGCCACUGUAAGGAACGAUCUAUCAGAAAGAAAAAAACAAAUAGAAAACAAAAAGAACAAGAAAACUUCAAUUCCUUAUGAAAGAUUUGGAUAGGGUAAGAGGAAAGUAAAGGAAGAAAAAUCUAUUUUAAGAAGAGAAGAGAGAGAUAACUUUUCCCCAUUGUUUAGAUCUAGAUGGGCAACUUUGAUUUAUGUAUGGAUUGUGGUGAAAAAAGUUGUUUAGAUCUAGAAGAAAUCGAUUAAGAUGUCGCCAGGUGCUAAGCAGGGAAGGAUGCACAUGGCAACCGACACUUCACCCGCAAAGAUGAGCAAAAAGUGGGUUUAUUUGGGGGUUUGGCCUUUUAGCCUCACCAAAACCAAAAUACAAAUUACAAGUAUUUUUAUUAUUUAUUUUCCUUUUUGUUGAUUGACGGAUUGUAUACGUUAAUUACAUAAGUCGUUUUCAUCUCUAUGUUUAAUGAAAUAUUGGAACUUAUAGCAUGCAAGGUUAAAAGAGGACUUAAUGGAUUAGGAACUUAUAAGAUUUUGCAGGUUCUUAGAUUUGGUGAAAUUUAGGUGAAUUUUCAGGAUAUUUAAGUGAUUUCAGUGAGAUUUUUUUUUUUUAAAUCUACUGAUGAUUCGGCAAAAUUUUUGCCAGUAAAUUUCAGAAUAUUAUGAGUGAUUUAAUAAUGAAAAAUGAAAUGAAAUGAUUUAAAUCUAAAGAAAAUGUAUUCUAUAUAUUUCUUAUUCAAAUAAAAUGUAAAUAGAUUUAAAAUUUGAGUAGAUUUGAAAAAUUUAGGAAUACUUGAAUUUUAAGAAAAUGUAUUCGUUUUAUAUUUAUUAUUCAGAUAAAAUGUAAACAGAUAUAAUAUUUUCGUUAAAUUUUUGUUAUCUAUAGAAAUGUAAAUAUGGUAUUGAGUUUUUUAUGAGUUUUAAUUUCCAAUGUACGUUAAGGGUUGAGACUAUAAAAACUAAAAGUUUUAUUUAAAAGAAAACUUCAAAUACCAUUAUAAAAGUUGGUCUUUCAAUUUAUUUAUUUAUAAACCUUUCAGUCUUUUCAAAUCAUAUUUGAUAAAUUUCCAAUAAGGUGAUAUUUUAAUAAAUUGUACAAAUGAUUAGUUAAAAAUGAAUUCAAGAUAAUUUUUUAUACAUGCUAAAUCUAAUAAGAGAAAAUUUGAAGAAAAAAUAUAUUAAAUACAUUCAGAUCCUCCAUACAAUAACCAUUUAAGUGAUUUAUGGAAGAAAAAUAAUUGUUGGAAAAACAUUUGGGGAAGAAUUUUUUUUUUUUUUUAAUAAAUUACAUUUAUGUAUGUUAGUUAGUAAAAGAAAUAAAAUAAAACACUAAAAUUUACAUUUUUUGGGAAGUUUAAUUAAUCUAUGGAUUCAGUUUCUCGCCAAUCGGGUAGAUUAGCUAGGGAUCGAGCUGUUUCUUCUCAAAUCUCGAUGCAAAGAAAAAAAAGCUUUCUAGUUAACGUAGCUCAAUCGUCUCUUUAAUCUCCUAUUUAUAUGCGUUUCAUUAUUUGAAGAAGCACGUUUAAAUACUCCUGAUCGUAAGCUGUUUUUUACAUCAACCCAUAUAUAUUCAUUUUUAGUCUAGGGUUUUUGUUUUUGAAAAGUAUCUGGAUCAAAAUAAAUUUCUUCUCUUUUUGGUUGUUUGUGUCUUGAUGGUUAUAAUGGUUGAACUCUUAUUUCUUCUUUCUUUUUUGGUAGAACUACAAAGUUAUUGCUUUCAUAUGUAUCUUGAGAACAAAAUAGUGAAAAAUGGGGUGAAUUUUAUUUCAUUACUCUUUAAGAAACCAGUUUCAUGGUUGUGUUUCACCUCCCCACCACUACUUCACAUCUUAGGGCUUAGUUUAUCGCAAAUCCUCCUGACCUCGGCUUCUUUGUUCUUCUGCUCUCUUUUCUUGCCUCUCACAAAGCAACAACCAAACCCUCAAAAAGAGGUUCAAGAUCAAGAUCUUGGUCAACAAGACUCUUUAGGAGACAUCAUCGAAAUAUCUAGGACCGGUGAUGAGAUUUUCACAAAUAAAGACGAAGACGAUGGAACAAUCCCUGAUGAGGAAAGCUUCAUAGAGCUCUCUUUACCAAGCGGCCACUACGUUGGCCAACACUUCAGUACGAUGGCUGGACAUCAAGAUUUCGGACUUAUCCAACUAUUAGCCGAGUUUGAAGACGAUAAUCUGAUCGAAAUCGAUAUUUCCGUCGGAUCCAUUAAGUGUUACACGUUCCAGAUCAAAGCCUGAUUCAUCUUCAUAUAUUUUCUACAACUUGGAUGUAAAGUAAUUGCGGUAUUUUUGCACGUCAGAAGUGCUCUGUGUUUUUGUUGUUCUAGAUCUCUCCAGUCUUGUGGGGUUUUGCUAUUGAUAUAUAUUAGCUACAACAUUAUUCCGA